CUCCGUCCCGCCGCUGCCGAGGGCGCGAAGAAGGGCGGGGUGGGAGGGCGGCGGAGCCCGCGGAGGGGAGCGCCGAGGAGAAGAGAGGGCCACUGGGAAGCCGAGAGAGCUAGCAAGAGAACGAGCGGGCGACUAGCCGGCGGGCUGGGGGAGGGGAGGCGAUUCAGUGGGCCUCGGGAGUGUGUGCGCCUGUGUCCGUGUGUGUGCGUGUGCAUGUGUGUGUGUGUGUGUGUGUGUGUGUGUUUCUGGCGCCUGUCCAAGGUGAUUUCCCAUAAACCACAUGCCCUGCGAGCCUGCCGUUUAAAAGGCUGUGCCGAGGGCUGGCCAGAGACGUUCGGCCCGAGGAAAGUGAAAGUUCGCCUGGGUCUGUUCGGCGCCGCCACCGCUCUCUGUAGCCCGAACAGCGACGCGGCCCUCGGCCCGGGAGCCUACUGCGCAGCGGCCGGCGAGAGAAGGAGCGCGCGAGAGAGUGAGGGCGGCCACCGCGCCCGACCGGGACCCAGCUGCCCGUAUGACCGCGCGGGGCGCCGCCGGGCGCUGCCCUCCCAUGGGGACAAGGGUGUCUGGGGAAAGAGGGAGCCAAGGAGAAAUGACGUCUUCUCUGCCACAGACAUGGCUGGGCCCCUGUAUGCUGCUGGUCUGUCUCCUGGUGAGCAGGAGUGUUACCGAAGAGGUGCCAGAAGUCUGUAGCCACAUGAUCGCCAGUGGACACCUGCAGUCGCUGCAGCAGCUGAUCGACAGCCAGAUGGAGACGUCAUGCCAGAUUGCCUUUGAGUUUGUAGACCGGGAGCAGUUGGAGGAUUCCGUGUGCUACCUAAAGAAGGCUUUCUUUCUGGUGCAAGAUAUCAUGGAGGACACCCUGCGUUUUAAGGAUAGCACACCCAAUGCCAAGGCCAUCCAGGAGCUACAGGAACUCUCACUGAGGCUCAAAAGCUGCUAUACCCAGGACUAUGAAGAGAACAACAAGGCCUGUGUCCGAACUUUCUAUGAGACCCCGCUCCAGUUGCUAGAGAAGAUCAAGAAUGUCUUUAAUGAAACCAAGAAUCUCCUGAAAGACAACUGGAAUAUUUUCAGCAAGAACUGCAAUAAGAGCUUUGCUAAGUGCUCCAGCCAAGAUGUGGUGACCAAGCCUGAUUGCAACUGCCUGUACCCCAAAGCCACCCCUAGCAGUGACCUGGCCUCCCCUCGUCAGCCCCUUCCCCCCUCCACAGUCCCCAUGGCUGGCUUGACCUCGGCAGACUCUGAGGAGACACAGGGUGGCUCUCUCUUACCCGGCGAGCAGGCCCUUGGAGCAGUGGACCCAGGCAGUGCCAAGCAGCGACCACCCAGGAGCACCUGCCAGAGCCUGGAGUCACCAGAGUCCACUGUAGUGGAGGACAGACCCCCAAGCCACUCCUCAAAGCCUCACCCUGCCACCGGGGACCUCACUCCUGAGGGACAGAUCAUUCUGGACUCUGCCAUGAAGACUCUCUGGGCCCUGGAAGAGGCUUCCGGAGAGGCUGAUGAGGGCCGUGCUCCAGGGCCAGAAGAAAACAGCAUCCAGGCCACCGGGCCGAGCAACCUACUGACAACAUCCUCAAUGCUUCCUGUACCAGCAAAGGAUGAAGAACUGAAGGCAGCAAUGCACACCUCCCCAGCCAGGCAGGGCUCAGUGAGGCCCACCGACCAGCCUCAGAGUCAUAGCCCUGAGAAGACCCAGCAGCUACCAGCUCUGCCCCCUGUCCGCCAGGAGCCAGCUGCUCCUGGAACCUUGUCACAACGCCCCCUCAGCUUCAGCAAACCCUCUGCUCAGCCCUGGCUUCCCAGGAUCCGCCCCUGGGCCGGCCUGCCACUCCGCAGGCAGCUGGAGGUCAGAAGGAGCACCAGGGAUCGGAGGAGUCCCGUGGAGCUGGACGGUGCAGAGCGUGCACAUAAGGGGGCCGCCUGGGGCCCCAGCCGUCUUAACUCCCUUCCUUUGACUGACACAGGCAGUGAGAGGCAGCCCACAGGAACCUCCAAACCCCAGCUCCCGGACUUUGCCUUCCAUCUGCUGGUGCCUAGCAUCAUCUUGGUCUUGCUGGCCGUUGGGGGCCUCCUGUUCUACAAGUGGAGGUGGCAGAGCCAUGGAGAGCCUCCAUCCUCAGCAGAAUGUCCCCUGGAGCGGCCUGAAGGCAGCCCCCUAACCCAGGAGGAGGACAGACAGCUGGAACUGUCCGUGUAGAUGGACACUUUUACAGGUAAGCAUCUGAUUCCCUCUCUUUCCAUCCCCUCAAAAUGAGCUCUACCUGUUGGUAACACGGUCAACUCUCCCAAAGCCCAAUUCCUUGCAUGUCUCCCCUUUCUCCUCUCCCUAGGCCAUCCACCUGCAGGUCCAUCUUACCAUCUCUUUGCCAGGCUGGCUCUGGCUAUCUUGGCAUUGAGUGUCUUGGCUAACCAGCACACUCAAUCCCAGAGUGACCAAAAUCCUCUUCUUCCAGUCAAGGCUUUAAUAAGGCCUUCAGCACCCAGGGAAUUUUCAGUAACUAUGUGGCCAACCACUUCUAACUCGGCAUCCUUAAUGUGACUUCCCAGCCACUCCAGUAGUUGCACUUUUUGGGAGCUUGCUCCCCAUCCCUCUCUUCUUUUAGAAUCAUGCUACCAUAGAACCUUAGUCCUGGAUAGACUUUCAGAAGUCAUUUGACCCAGUGUCCCACUCCAAAGGGGGCCCAGCCCUCUCUCUACAUUCCCAGCAGAAAGUCAGCCAGUUAACUCCUGCACAUUGCCAAGUCCUAAGCAAGCCCCCUACUAGCCAAGGUGCACACCCAUCUUCAGGCAAUCCUGGAAGACAGGCCUUCCUCCCAGGAGGCCACACAGGCCGCCCCAUCUGUCCUGCACUCACGAAGCCCUGAGAUAUUCAGUCUGCCUUCCAAAUCUCCAGAAUUCUCCAUGCUAAACAUGGUCAAGUCCCUCAGACAUUCCUUAUAUAAUGUAGUGUUCAGAGUUCAUCACACUUGUUUGUCAGUGUCCCUCUAAUUAGGGCACCCAGUCUUAGACACGGUCCUACAGGUGUGGCUGGGCCAGCUCAGAGCACAGUAACUGGUACAGCAUUCUUUUGUCUGUGCCUACUGAACAGCAUUAGCUAUCUCGAGCUGCAAUGUGUUCUUAUCACCUGCUG